UUUCUCUGUCUGAGAAGAAAAGGGAAAAUGGCUCAUGCGAAAGCAAGUUUCCCCAGUCUUACAAGGGGAAUAUUGUGCAGAGAAAUAUCAUGUGGAUACAGAGUUUGCAAACAUGGUGAGACUAAUUUGACUGACUUUCGAUUGAUUAGAUGGAAUAAUACUAUAGUUCACAAUGUGAGGAAGAGAGAGAACAGGAAUCCAGAGAGAGAAAGAGAGCUUAUGGUACAGUGCAGCACUUCUUCUUCUCCUUCUUCAACUGAGGAGAUGGAGUUGGAUGGCAAGAUUGAGGAUUUGGAAGCAAAAAAUGGAGAUGGAGAGGGGCAGUUUGGGGAUUUGGUGAGGGAGUAUGGAUGGAAGGUGAGGAGAAUGGUUGAGGAGCAGAGUGAGAUGAGGAAGGUAGCUCAAGUUCAAGCUGAAGCCUUUCACGAACCUGUUUUUCUCUUCAAUGAUCUCUUCUUCCAAUUCUUUGAGAGCUUUCUUGAUUCCAAUUCUUAUCACUGCUUGUACCCUAGGAAGCACAUACAGUUCACAGAUACGGCAUACGGACACGACACGGAUACGUGGACACAAUUUCUUCUAAAAUUAGUGCACGGACAGGCAGAAGUACUUUCAGGACUUCUUUACAAACUUCAAAACUCAGCCCCAAACAGGUAUGCAUGUUUGGUGGCUGAGUCUAACACCGAUGAUCUCGAGUUGGGGCAAGAGCUUGUGGGAGUCGUAGAUGUAACAGCCUUGAGAGAUGAAGCUGUUCUUCGGCAUCUCUCUGGAGCUAAAGAAUAUCUUUAUGUGUCUGGGAUUGCCGUUUUAAACACUUUCAGGAGGAGAAAAGUGGCCAGUGCAUUGCUAAAAGCCUGUGACAUGGUUUCCAUUCUUUGGGGUUUUGAAUAUCUUGUUCUACGGGCUUACGAAGACGAUUUGGGUGCUCUCAAACUGUAUGGAAAUGCAGGCUACAGAAUUGUCUCAGCAGAUCCCCCAUGGAUGACUACUUGGAUUGGUCGAAAACGCCGCAUUCUUAUGAUUAAACGGCAUAGUUCUUGUCCAAAAUGACACUUUGAGCUAUCAUAGAGCUCACAGAUUAAUGCAUAUGGUGUAUAGGUGCCUGAUUGCUCCAAAUCAUGAUUGUCAAUCAACUCACAAAUUGUUUGUUGGCACCCAAGCCUCAUUGGCUAUGGCUACCAUCUCCUAGUCAAUUGAAACGUUUAAUUUUUUUAAUAACCGGAUAUUCAGGUCAACUUAUGUAAGUUUUCUACCUAAUCAACGAGGAGUGUAUAGCCCCUCCACUAGGCCUUUUAGGUGAUCACUUUGGUCCUGUACUUCAAGGAAGCCUGAAACUUUUAUGUCCUAAAACGAUAUGAAUCAUUUCAGCA